AAUUUGCCUCUCGGAAAACGUGUUUGAAGGAAAUAGAUAUUAAUCUACCACCCAGCUCCUUGAUUGCAUAGAAACUCAUUACAUAUUUUACAUUGCAUUUGUUUACAUUCCAUCGUUUUCUAACACUCUCUUUGUGCUUAUAACAAGAAUUGGUGAGGUUAGAUUUUGAUUUAGAAUUAUGUGUAGCAGACUAUAUUUUCUUCAUAAUUUAUGAAAUUGUUGUGUAGUUGAACCAGUAAACAUUAUAAUGUUGCGUUUAGCUUAUUUACUCCUUCACAUUUCUGAAUUCUGAUGAUUAAUCUCUCUGCAUAUAUACUCUUACAGUUUUGUAUUUCUAACUUGGAGGACAUGGAUGACUUCAACUAUUCACUUUCUGAAGUGAAAAGCAAGUACAGAGAUGCUACCCUUUUACCGAAGUGGAAAGCAUUUCAGACAGUCAUAUUUAAUGAACUGGAUGAUGGUUUGCACGACUCAAGUAAGAUUGCUGCCUUUGAUUUUGAUGGAACUCUCGCAAAAACUGCUGUGAAUAUAGUGGGUCCAAAUGCUUGGUCACUCAUGUAUUCUUCAAUUCCCGAUAAACUACAGAGCUUAUAUCAUGAUGGCUACAAGCUGGUAAUUUUUACCAACGAAUGCAAUAUUGAGCGCUGGAAGAACAAGAGACAGGUAGCUGUGGACUCAAAAAUUGGACGGCUGAAUAGUUUUAUUGAGUCGGUGAAGGUCCCUAUUCAGGUUUUCAUAGCUUGUGGUUUACCUAGUAAAGCUAAUAUAACGAAUGCUGAUCCUUUUCGCAAGCCUAACCCAGGGAUGUGGCGACUUAUGGAGAAGCACUUCAACUCUGGCAUUGCCAUUGACGUGGAUGGAUCUUUUUAUGUUGGUGAUGCAGCUGGGAGAGAAUCAGAUCACAGUGAUGCUGAUAUUAAAUUUGCAGAGGCGAAUGGUUUGAAGUUUUAUGUCCCUGAAGAGUUCUUUGACACUUAAGGGUCUCAUCAUUUGAAAGAGUUAUUCUUAAUAACUUUUGCUUCUAAAGCAAGUUGAAGUAAUUUCACUUUGUAUGCUAUCACUGCAUUUUAACUACACGUUUAAUGGGAUUGCUGAAAAGUUUAAGGUUGUUUUGCAAGAGCAAUAGAAAAGAUUAUGUUUUUCUUGAACAAAUUAACCCCAAUUUAUGGGAAAGAUGGAGCAAAUAAGAUAAAAUUAUG